CCAGAGCAUCCCACUGCACCUUCCAGCUAUAAUCGCCUGUGACCAUCUCCGCCGUGCCAUGGGUCUGUCACUCCUUCUGCUCCUCAUCCUGGCCAGAGCUGAUGGCUCUUGCAUCUCCAACUGGUUGGAGGGUGAGAGAGGAAAUAUUCUGGCAGUUCAGUGGCCUCCAAAGAUCUGUGAGGUGAGAAAUUGGAACAGCCCUGCUUGUAACCUUAAACAGUGGACGAUCCACGGCUGGUGGCCCCCUGAGUCCGGCAAGGAAACGAACAAGUACCAAUUUGAUGUGAAUAAAAUAAAGGAUCUCAGAAAGGCCUUGAACCAACUUUGGCCAAGUCUAUCUAGCGAAGACAACGUGCGUUUCUGGAAGCAGGAGUGGUACAGACACGGCAAGAAGGCUGUUAGGAGGUUAACAGUGUGUCAGUACUUCAAACAAACUCUGGACUACUACAACAAAUUCGUUGGAAAUUGCAAAAAGACCUGUCCUGAGGACAUCAAACGUUGCUUACAUAAUCAAAGCAAUAUGACGUAUAAUUCCAUCAGGAUGUGCACCAGCCCUAAUGCUGGAGAAUUGCACCUGAUGCUCCCUAACAACUUCAUCUGACGUCCGGAGCUCAGCCAGCGAAUCGCACGCACGUUCAAUGGAACAGUUCCUGCAAGUGCUUGCCUGCAGAGUGGGGGUGGGGGAGACAGACGGACAGAGACAGUAGGAGGCAGAUAGGGACUCGGGGAAAGAGGCAGAUUGAAGGAUGAUGAGAGUUGGAUGUGCUCUAUGAGUUCGUCUCGUCGGGCUGCCGACUUCUCCCUGCAACGAUCUCCAGGAGACGCGGGAGCUUCAGAGGGAACGUUGUUUAUUGGAGACUAUCAGGAGACGUCUGUGCUCACAUCACACGUUGUUAUGUAACUUGUACACGCAGCACAUACAAUGUUCACAGAUGUAGUAUGGAGAGAGACUGGGAGGAAUCGAGACACAGACCGGCAGAGGAGAGAGUGAGAGAGACACAGAGGGAGAGAGAGACACAAACAGCAAACAGAAUCAGCAAGCGCCAGCAAUGCA